CGCCUUAACUCGCGUCUGCCUUGACUUCCAGCGCGUCCCUGACAUCAAGCAGAAGGGAGAAAAGAAUCCGUUAUAAGUGUUGUUUCUAGUCUGUUUUCCUGGUAUUUAUUGAUAUCUAUAGGAUCUACAGACUUCGUUAAAUAAGGAGGCGAUGCCACGCAGGGCACUUCGUUGUGUUGUGGACCUGAAACUGAGGGCUGUGACGGCUCCAGGAGUAUGGCUUCCAAGCAGGGAAGAUAUCUAUGUCAGUGUUAGUCUGUUUGGGCAAUACAGGAAUACAUGCCUUGUAGAGUCAGUGUUCCCAUUGAUCAUCAGAGAGGACUUCACUUUCGAAAAGACUUACUACACGGCCCUGGACCCUGCAGAAGUUGUGGACUAUUUGGAAGAUGAGUUGAUCGUGUUUGAGCUGUUACAGCUCUCUGAGUUUGGGGGAGCCAAUAGACUUGCCUCCUACUCGUCAAGUGCCCGUGACUUCCUGUAUCCUGCCCCAUCCCUUUCCCCGUGCUACGCCUCAGGGGCAAGGGAACUCCUCUUCCAUCGUUCUAUUGACUUUCCCGGCAUUUGUCCAAAGUUAGAAUUUGUCUCAGUUACAAACAUAAAAGAAUCCCUAUCACCAGAACUAGAUGCUCUAGAAGAUGCUUUAAAAGACGAGAGAAGAUCCAGAAGACGUUCCCGAUCUCGCAGCCGCUCCCGUCCCACGAGUCGUCCAUCGUCUCGAGCCUCCAUGAGGACGUUUGUAGAUGUGAACCCUGCAGAGGAGCACAGAUCCUACCACAAGCCAACCAUUUCUUCUAUUUGUCAUUCUAGGUCUCCUUCUCCUGCGACACGCUGGAAAAGUGACGAUGUCUAUGCACCUAAACUCAACAUCACUGAGGGGAGACCUCCUUUUGUUGUUCGUCGUUUAGAUAAAUCCCUCAUUGGAAGAAUUCCUGGCAACAAUGAUGGUUUGAAGGUCAAGUCAAAAAAGAAGGUCAAGCGUGGAAGGUCGCGGUCCAGAAGUCGAUCUGCUAGUGCUAUGUCUGACUCAGGUGGUUACUAUAGCGAUUAUACCAGUUAUCCUAGCAUAACUCACAAAUACCGCUUAAAGAAGACUUCCUCUCUAGACGGCGAGGACCCCCUUCCCAGGGCCUCACCCAGACAGUUCCUCAGCGAUGAUGACGAUGCUGAGGUGGCUGCCCUGACUGGAUCUGUGGAUGAUCUUCGCCUGAGUCGCCGAUCAAGAUCCCCAAGUCCCCUGCUGUACCGCCCCUCCUUGAGGGAGAGGUAUGGGUUACGCCCCUUAACACCCACAGAAAAGCUUGACCUCGACAUCAGAGUUGAACAUGCCCUACGUCGCAGUCGAUCUAGAGAGAGGCUGGCACGACUCGAGUUGGAUGAAGCUCGUAGCCGAUCCAGAGAGAGGCUGGCAAAGUUGGAGUUACAGCGAGCUCGUAGCAGAUCUAGGGAAAGAAUGGCUAGGCUAGAGCAGGAACUGGCUGAAAAAAGAAGAGAGAGACUAGCUCGAGAAGAAUUGGAAGAGUCCCUACGUCAAGCUCGAGCCAGCCCAAGUCGAGUGCAUUUGGACGAUGGAACAUAUUGGUCAGAAAGAGCAGCGUUAUUUCAAGGAAAAUCUCAUCGACAAGUGUUUAAUGACAGCAUGAGCAAGCUCUACUCCAAAAUGUACCGGAACGCGCUGCGUCCAGGGCCGGUCUGAUAGUUUUAUACCUCAGUAGAUUCCUGUCAGCUGUGAUAUUAGAUAGUGUCUGUAUAUUUAUGAUAUUUAGGAUAAAAGCUACGUGACUCCAACCAUUUCCUGUCACUAAAAGUUUUACUUUAAAAUAUAUGUUGUCUACCAUUUUAUCUUUUUACAUGUUACUAAUGUUCUGUAAAAUUUUGAUCAGUGAAAUUGUUGGUGGCUUUGAUUUCGGGCCUCGGAUUCCGUAACUUUUAUCACUGCUUGUUUUGUGUGACUCUGUAGCGUGGCCAGUGACACAGAGUUUGUAUGGGGGAGGAGGAGUUAUCACGUACAAGUAUCCCAGGAUUCAUUCUGGUUACCAAACAUUUGACAAACAAAAUAAAAUGUAUCUUUUGUUUUGAGUGGGUGUAGAAAAUCAAAAUGUUACUCCAAUAUUACAGGGACAUGUAGAUUUUUCAGAUUUUGAUUUAUCACUACCUAUUUCCAUUAUUGUUUCAUUUUAGUUUUUUUUUUCUCCUAAUUUUAUAUAUUAUGCAGCACAAGCCUACACAUGAUUAUAUUAAUACGGAAUCAACUGGCUUUUAUUGUAUCACUAAUUAUUUAUUUUUACAUCAUUUAGAAAUUAAAUGCAGCAUUUAUUGACAAUAAAUAUUUCUUAUAUUG